CUCUAGCUCAUUUUACAGAGAAAGAGAGUAAAAGAUAUACAAUAGAGUUUUCUUUCUUCUUGUUUUGUUCCCUGAUUUGUGUUUUUGCCAUGGCUGGUUCUGCGGCAGCCAGUGAUCAGAGUCUGAGAGGAUCGGUUGAAGUUGGAAGAGAUAGAAAUGGAGUUGAGAUGAUUUUGCUUCGGAAUCCCAAGGGGGCUACUGUUGAGGUUAGUUGUCAUGGAGGGCAGGUUCUAUCAUGGAAGACACAGCGUGGGGAAGAACUGUUGUUCAUAGGUAGUAAGGCUGUCUACAAGCCUCCUCCACAUGCAGUGCGAGGAGGAAUUCUCAUAUGUUUCCCGCAGUUUGGCACCCAAGAAACACUGGAGAAAUGUGGAUUUCCCAUGGGCGGGCUUUGGACCAUUGAUCGUGAUCCACCACCAUUGCCAGAAAAUGGCAUGACCCAUGUUGACUUGCUACUUGAUCCAUGUGCAGUUGAUCCCAAGAUCUGGCCACACAAGUUCAAGUUUCAUCUUACGGUGGCUCUGGCAGAUGAUGGAAGCCUGAUUCUGGUUUCACGUGUCCGGAAUGUCUGUAGCAAGCCAUUCAGUUUCAAAUUUGUGUAUCUCACGUAUUUGGCUGUCUCUGAUAUUGAUGAUGUGAGAGUAGAGGGAUUGGAUUCUUGUGACUAUCAUGACAACCUUAAAGAAGGGACGCGCUCAACCGAACAAGGAAUUUCCUUGUCAUUUGAUUCUGAGGUGGAUAGGGUCUAUGUAGAAGCAAAAGGUGUCAUUGAAGUGUUAGAUCAUAAAAAGAGACGAACCUUGAAAAUAAAUAGAAAAGGACUUCCAGAUGUUGUCGUGUGGAACCCAUGGGAUAAGAAAUCCAAAGCCUUUGCAAAUUUUUGGAACCUAUGGGCUAAGAAACCCAAAGCCAUUGCAGAUUUUGGAGAGGAUGACUACAAGAGAAUGGUAAGUGUGAGUGGGGCAGCAAUUGAGAAACCAAUCACAUUGAAGCCAGGGGAGGAAUGGACGGGACGUUUGACGCUCACUCUCUGCCUUUCAACUAAAAUAGAGGAGUCGACUUCGAAGUUCGGUUGCUCAACCUCGAUGUAAAUAGACAACAAGUUGGCAAUUUCAAGGCCAGAAUCAAUUUUCAAUUCAGUGAUUAGAUUACUACUGAAACAGCUAAGGUCAUUGUUUGAGUUUCGCCUUCUUCAGUGAAAACAAGUUUUCUGGAACUUUGUAAUAGCUAUUCAUUAAGCAGACUUGGGCAUUUUAGUGCCAUGAAAGUUGUAAAAUUUUUGCUCUAUUUAUUUGUUGGUGAUGGUAGGUACUCCUUAAAUAACCUAUAAAAAUAAAUUAAAAUU